GCUUUCUUCUCAUUUCAGAAACUACCAGACAACAAUUUGUGGAGCAGAAGGUUGCAACUUUCCUUCACCCAGUCCCAAGAUGCUGCAGGGCUGACUGCUGGCCAUGCAGCCACUGGAGAGGAAAGAAACCCAGUGAUGCUCAUGGGAUUUCAAAGGGGAGCGUUGGCUGCUCUCUGUGGUCUGGACCUGGACCGCAUGCUUUGUCAGAAUUCCCUUCAAUACUUGAUUACAGUGCUCAACAAGACCAUCUAACUGGCCAUGGUACACUGAGAUUUUUAGCAGUUUAAUUAACAGAGCCUUGGAGAGUUCUUGCAUUGUAAGAGCUGUGAAAUUAGUGCUGUAAUGUAUUUUGAUUUGGUUACAUAGACUGGCCUGGGAAUUAGAGGUUUUAUGAGUUAAUUUUCUAGUGCUAAUGGGCUUUGAAAAUAUAACUUCUGGGUGGUGGGAGAUAUAAUCUAACAAGAUCCCACAGUCUAACAAUCAUACAAGGAUAUAGGAGUAUCCCACCUAAUUUCUCCUGAGGGAACCAACUAACGUAACCUCUGAAAGAGAAUGCAGAAGUAGUGGGGCCUAGGAUACUUUGGAAGAUACUGAGGACAGGAUAGACAUUCAACAUCUUGUAGGCCAGGGUACCCUCUACGUGCUUACAAACAUUAAGAUCCAAUUUUCAAUAUCACUGUGUGUGGAAAGGAUAAUAUUCUUUCUUUUCAGGCUCUUUUUCAUCAAUCUGUUCCUAUGCAAACUGCAUCCCAUGUAGUGUGUGUAGAUGUGGGACGAGGUCUCUUUAUUACAUGUAUGCUGAAAGGGAGGUAUCUUUUUAUUCUGUGAACUAAUAUAGCGAUGACAAUGAUUAAUGGUGGGAUUUGUCCAGAAAUGUGGCCACAAAAUCUGUCUGAAUGCAGUUUCAGAGACCGUAAUAUUCUCAGUGCUGGCACAGAGAAUCGGGGAUUUUGUUUUUCCAAUCCGUAAGCAAAAAUUGUUUUCUCCAGUCCAUGGAUGCUUUUUUCUACUCAGUUAUUUUGUAAUUCAUCUGUAUAAACCUUGUUUACUAAUUUAAAUGCAUAACAGGCACAGUUUCAAUAACUAAUUUGUGUACAUUUCUUCACAAAAGUCAGGUAGGAUAACAUUUCCUUGGAGAAGGUAUAUAAGAAGUCAAAAAAAUAUGUGUGACACGAUUGCAUCAGUCAAAUACACACAAUUACUGAGCUGUUGAAAUGCACACUCAUUUCAUGUAUUUAUGUUUUCAUUCUUAAAGAAAACAAAAAGAACUCAAACAUUAUUUUUAUGCAAAGGAGAUAUACACUCAUUCUCAUCCUUUUAAAUUAAUGUUCACCAUCCUUAAAUGUAAAUUAAUAAUUUACAACUCUACAAUUAUAUUCAAAUCACUGAGGGAAGGGAAGCGAUACCUUUGUUUUUCUUCCAGUUCCUUUUAAUGGAGUCUGUAGCCGUUAUAAUCAUGGCAGAUGUUACACUUUGAAUAUUACUGUUGUUCCAAUAUGUCUGCCUAAAUUUACAGAAAACUUGAAAUAGAAAUAAUGGGCUGUGAAUUUCCCUGUUCAUUUCAGUUAUGCAUUAAGUAAAAUGCCAGUUUAAAGUUAGUUUUAAAAAUUAGUACUGAUAAUUAUGAGAAGGACAUAUCUUAUUAUUUCUUCCAAACUACAUCUAAUUGCAGGAGGUCUGUGUGGAUAAAAUGAAUGUGGAUAAAUGCUAAGCAUAUAGAAAAUUUGUAUGUUAAGGCCUUUGAGAACAUAUUGCAUGAUCUGUUGGGGAAAACAUAACUGGUUAUAUUGCAUCCAUUUAGCUUGAAGACGGACCCAGCUUUCAUCAGUUUGGUAAAUGUUAUGUCAGGUAAUGUGUAAAAGACUAUGAGAUCAUGAACCAUUGACAAAAUACAGGUUUUAUUUUUGUAAGGUGGCUAAGAUCUUUAUUGGGAGCUGUAAAUUCAGGCAGUGAUGCAUUGAAUCACACACAUAAACAAAACUAAAUUCUCCUCCUCCAUCUCUCUAUCCAUAAAUUUCCUUCUUCUUUGUAAACCAGUGCUGUAGUCCCAGAUUUAAUUAAAACAGUGAUUAAAGUAUCUGUAACUGCACACUCAAGCAUAAGCUAUAGCACACUCCUUAACAGCAGAGAUGCAUGCCUAUCAUAUUUUUGUAAACCUGUUGUUUUCCCUUAGAAGCAGGCAAGCUAGUGUUUCAUCUUAAUGAUGAACAUGGACUGGACUGAAAAAUUAUGUCCCAGGUCCAAGGACAGCGUGAGUAGGUAUUUCUAAAAGCUGUGCAUAUGGAGUACACAUGUCUUCUCCUUGCAAGGAGCACAGUAUUUUUGUCAUUCUCUCACACUGUUGCUAAUGUACAAAACCAGGACUGGAAUUUUCAGUGUUGUACUUACACUGUGAGUUUGAUUAAUUGGUAUUUGCAAUGCUGGCAGGGGAGGGGGUUAAUGUUUCUUGUAUGUGUGCUAAUGGUUGUCUCCAAGCUACACCAUUUGCCUAAUUGAGAUCCUGCCUUGGUGCAGAAAUGAGACGUACCAUGUUUGUGGGUCUGUUUCGUACCACUGGUGGCAGUGGGAACUGUGUCAGUAAUUUCAGAAGGAAGGGAAUUAGGACGUCUAGAAUGAUGUAGGUUUUAUUGAAUACUAAAUAAUGUUCCUUAACAAGGCAAAAUAACUCUUCUCUUAGUUUCUUUCAUUACUUUUCUGCUUCCUUUGCCUUUGUCCCCAGCUUUUAUCCUCUUACUUUCAUAAUCACGAGAAGCCAAAUUAAUCUCAGGUAUAAGACUGCCAAACCAGCUUUGAAUUUCUUUGACUGUUAUGACACUUUAUACUUCGAGCCCACCAAUGAGGGCCAGAGACUAGCUAGGUCCUAACAGCUGAGAUACUGGGUGGCUCAUUAAUUUGGCAGAUCCAUCUCCCACUCAGCCUCAGAUGUCCGCAUGUAAAGACACAUCUACUUGUAUCAUGGCAGGUAUCCAUUCACUCAUGAGUCACUUUAUUUUCUUUUUGUAUUAGGUAUGCUACAGGUCAUAUGCUUUGCUUCCAGUAAAAAUCACUUACUCCCUCUGUAAGUAACUAUGUAAUCAAAUCCUGAGAGAGUAGGGGGGAAGGGACCCAGAAUAAGAGGUUAAAAAGCAAUCCUCCACUCAGAGAAGUAAAGCAAUAAAAAUAGGGUGCUCAGCUGGCGAAAUUGUGGAGAGAGAAGGAGAGAAAGAUUAAAAAAUUAAUCUCCAGAGUAUAAAACUACAACUGAGGAAUGAAAGUAGUUUCAAAGUGGCUGAACAAAGGGGAGGGAGAAGGUAAAAUAAUGAAAUGGUAAAUCCACAUGGGCAAACUCAAAGAUCACAGUCAGGAUCAAUGAAAACAAAUGAUAAGCAAAAAAAGCAAAACACACAAAACAUUCCUAUCCGUAAGCCAGAACAAACGAUUAGGAUAACAAUUUGACAUGCUUUUCAAAUUUUUGAAGGAGGGAAAAUGGCAACAGAAAUAGUGAGGGGAACAAUUUUAGAAACUGAUAGUGGGAAAGAAAGGCUUCUAUUCAACAGUUUCUCUAUCUAAUAAUCUAAAAGUUUUUCUGUUCUAAGUAUAAACCAGGCAAGAUAAAUUUACCUUCAAAUGAGAGCAAACAUGAUUUAUUUUAAUUUAUAUGUAUUUACAUUCUAUAUGUGGUAUACGAUGGCUUUAUUUUAAAUAAUAAUGUCUCUGUGGAAUCACUGUAAUUUUUGCUCCUGAGUAGCCAGGUAGAUUGCAAUGCAAUAUCUUGACAGAGAGGUGGCAACUCCAUGCACCACUGCUCUAACAGAGGUGGAGUAAAGUCUGAGGAGUCCCAACCUGGUACUGAAAACAGAGCCUUGUAUUGACAACAGAGCAUAGGUAUUCUCCUUUACGUCAACGAGAGUUUGUAUUUCUGGAGCAGGGCAAGCUGGUUCGCAACCUUGCUGUCCUGUGUAUUUUUGUAUACGUGGUAGCAGCAAAACAUAGGAUUGCAACAUCCAGCUCACUCACCUAUCCUCCUCAUCCGUGGAGCAGGAAAAUCUCUUUAUGCUGGAAAGCAGCAAAAACAUCCAGCAAAAACGUUCAGCUUCAAACUCAGCUGCCUGGAUUUCAGAGCCUUUGAUGAUGUGUAUGCCUAAGUUUCCAUUACAGCCACUGGAGCCUACUCAGCUCACCGUGGGCAUUUAUUUUAGGAAGAGCCGAACAGCUCUCUAGACUAAGCCUAGCCUCUAAGCAUCGCCGCCGAAGAUCUCGACUGGCUCUAACGGGACUUCAGACGCUUCGCUGGUGUAUGGAGACCUGCGUGUAGGAGUCUGAAUCCGCAAGCCGCCCUUUGGGUGCCGUGGCCCGGGCACGGCCCCGGGGAGCCCCGCGGAGCAGGCUGGGCGGACGGGACGCUCGUCGUACCCGGCGGCUUGGGCUUCAGCGGCCACCCAAGCCCUGCCGCCGCCGUCCCGCGCCGGGAGGCUGCACGGCCCCCAUCGGCGAUCCUGGGCUGGGAUCGAGUGUACGAGGUGUCUUGCAUAAUGAAGAGUUCGGCAGAUCUGAUCUUCUUGCUAGGAGAGGCUGAGAAAGGCAGCUCUAGGGGAUUUACUUCUAGCAGCAGCAGCAGCACAUGAUCCAUCAAUCGCGUGAUUCUCACCACCGAGGACUAAUGGGGAGGGUGAAGAAAAAGUGAACGCUGCCUUGGGGAAGCAGCAGCAUUUUCUUCUGUUCGUGGGGCCCCUCCACCAGACGGACGCUUCAUGGCUUCUCCCAGGUUAGAAACCUACUGCUGCCCGAACCGGGAUGCAGCUACCCAGCUAGUGAUGAAUUUCCAGCCUGAAGUCUUCUGUGGAGUUUGCAUUGGCAGCGCCUCUGUCAGUCUGCUACUGACCAUCCUGCAGCUCCUGCCGAAGAAGGGACAGAGCCCGCGGAAGAUGCCCAAAGCCUCCUCCUCUUCCACCAUCCUUCUCCUUAUCUCCAUUUGUGACAUCCUUGGUGGCUUAGGUAUGAUCUUCAGGUCAAGUGUAUGGCUAGGCUUCCCAGGCUUCAUAGCUAACAUUUCUGUGGCGAACGGGACCGACGUGUGGCCUUCUGCUUUCUGCGUGGGGAGCGCGAUGUGGAUCCAGCUAUUAUAUAGUGCUGGCUUCUGGUGGUUGUUUUGCUAUGCCGUUGAUUCUUACUUGGUGGUAAGAAGAUCAGCUGGACUGAGUACGAUUGUGCUGUACCACAUGAUGACGUGGGGCCUCGCGGUGAUGCUCUGCGUGGAGGGAAUUGCACUGCUUUACUACCCUUCUCUCUCCAGCUGUGAAAAUGGCUUGGAGCAUGCAAUCCCACAUUACAUCACAACCUAUGCCCCACUCCUGCUAGUGCUGGUGGUCAACCCAAUCCUGUUUAGGAGGACAGUAUCAGCAGUUGCCUCCUUACUGAAAGGGAGACAAGGGAUUUACACAGAGAAUGAAAGACGUCUGGGGACAGAGAUCCAGAUCCGCUUCUUCAAAAUUAUGCUGGUAUUCAUUAUUUGCUGGUCAUCCAAUAUCAUCAAUGAGAGCCUUUUGUUCUAUCUCGAAAUGCAGCCAGAUAUCAAUGAAAUACCCCUGAAAAACAUCAGAAGUGCUGCACUGAUCACAUGGAUUAUAAUGGGGGUUCUUAAUCCGAUGCAAGGCUUCCUCUUCACGUUAGCUUUCUAUGGCUGGACGGGAUGGAGAGUGGACCUGAAAUGGCGAAAAAGAGAAAUACCCUGGGAAUCAAUGUCCUCAUCAACUGUGGGUGAAAAUGCCUAUCCCUCACCAGUGAACUACCAAAGCAACAUCCACGAUUCAAAGAAGAUAUCGACAACUGACAGCCAGCAGACCGAUGAGGCUAUAAGCAUGUUGUCUGAAGGUAACACCAGCGGUGAUGACAGGUUAACCAGGAGCUCUCCCAUCUACCAGGGCUGGUAGUUUAUAGGCACGGAGCUGGAGCCCACUUCUCACGUUGUCAAUAAAACCACGGCACUGUGUGAACUGUUGCGUGCUCUGGAAUUAGGUUUGUGCCCAAUGGCUUGAUGGCAUAUCCUAUAACUUGUGUGUGUGUGUGUGUGUGUGUGAGAGAGAGAGCGUGUGAGACAGAUAUUAUGGUUUAUGUCUUCAUUUACUUUAUAGGAGAUGCAUUAACAGGUAUAAAGGCCUGAUUGAUCCUUUUUCAGCAGGGGUAUAUCUCUGCAAAGAUCUCUGUUACUUAUGAUUCGUUUUCAUCCAUUUUGUUUUAAUCUCUCUUGUAACCCCCAUAUGGUAGAAGAGUCUUUUGUUUAAAUAAAUGGACUAUUAAUAUGUUGGGUUUUUAAA